AUGUUAUAUCCAUUGAAGAGGUUCCGCUCGCGGAUAAAUACAAAAGCCUAUUAUUGCUUGCGUUGUGGCGCAAAAACAGUGACUUUCCUAUUUUGGGCGACCCUGUACGUGGUGGUGAUGAAGAUGACGCUUCUCAAGAGCAACACAGCGUCCCCGGGAAGGGAUUCUUCAAUGGUACCUGACAAUUACACUAAGUGGCUGGGACCAGUCCUAGGGGAAGAUGAUGAGAAAGGAGAUUUAUCUGAUGAAUGGAAGGACCCAGAUAACGCGACGCUGAUGGAACUCGAGAACAGAUCCUUACGGGUCCAAGAGACCUGCCGCCGUUAUUCACUUCAAUCUCAACCUAUUAACAGUAAAGAAUUCUUCGUGGAUCACGCACAUAAUCUUGUGUGGUGUAACAUAUUUAAAGCUGCAAGUUCGUCUUGGUUGUAUAAAUUUAAUAUAUUAGGUGGCUAUGAAAAGAGUUUUUUAUCGCGAAGUAGAUAUACACCGCUGACAUUGGCGCGCCGAAAAUUUCCUCGACCCAGCGAAGAUGAGCUACGAGACGCAGUGAACACUCCUGGUGUAAUAUCUCUCUUGGUGGUGCGGGAACCAUUCGUCAGACUCCUAUCAGCAUACAGGGACAAGUUGGAGAACAUAACACCUCCGUUCUACAGAAAACUGGCAAGGACCAUAGUAGCGAAGCACAGAGAAGCAGCAACGAAGAUUCUAGGAAACAUCAAAAGUUUUGGACCAACUUUUUAUGAAUUUACCGCAUACUUAAUAGCUAAACACAAAUCUAGGACUAUCACUUUUGACGAGCAUUGGGCACCGUAUUACCAAUUCUGCUCCCCAUGUGCAGUAAAUUUCACUGUCAUAUCUAAAGUGGAGACGCUAUCUAGAGAUGCCGCGUAUGUUGUUCAACAACUUGGUCUCGGACACCUGUUGAGCCGCCGAGUAAAGGACCGGAGAACACGACUGCGGACCGUCAUGAACAAAUCGCGUGACGGAAAAAACACAUCGGCCUUGCUCAAAUACUAUUUCGGUCAGAUCGAUAGGAGUAUGCUCAAAGAUUUGUUGGAUAUUUACGGUAUAGACUUUGAUAUGUUCGGUUAUGAUUCAGAUGUUUAUUAUAGUUAUGUAAGAAAAUAA